CAGCAGGCCCAGAAGGUUGUAGUGGGAGACAACUUGCAAAAGAGACAGCGGAGAGUAUGUGUCACCCAGUGCUUCUUGUGCUUGUCUCUUCGACUGCGUGAGAGUGACACUAGGAGAGAGAGAGGAGGAAGAAACCAGAGACAGCAGAAAGAGGAAGCCACGCGCUCUCCACUCCCAGACAACUGCACAUCACUGAGCGGACAAGACCUCCACCAUGGUCAGGUGGCUUCACCAGAACAUCUCAGGGCUGGAAGCUGAGGCUCGGUUGAAAUCUCGGGGGGUUCAUGGAAGUUUCCUGGUCCGUCCCAGCAAGAAAAAACCAGAAGACUUCUCACUAUCUGUGAGGGUCGAAGACUCAGUAACGCACAUCAGGAUCCAAAAUACUGGUGACUACUAUGAUCUUUAUGGGGGGGAGCAGUUUGCUUCUCUGUCUGAGCUGGUGGAGUUCUACACGGGACAAGCGGAAUGCCUACAGGAUACCUCUGGGAACCGCAUUGAGCUGAAAUACCCGCUGAAUUGCUCAGACCCCACCAACGAGCGGUGGUAUCACGGGUACCUCUCAGGCCCCGACGCUGAAAAGUUGCUGCAGAAGACGGGGGAGCCCUGGACCUUCCUGGUUAGAGAGAGUCGCAGCAACCCGGGGGAUUUUGUCAUCUCCAUCCUAACCCCAGAGCAGAAAGAUGGGGUGCACAAGGUGACACAUGUCAAGAUAAAUACAGAGAAGAAUAAGGAUACAUAUAAUAUCGGCAGGGAGAAGUUUGAGUCACUUACAGACCUUAUUGAGUGGCACAAGAAGAAGCCGAUCGAGGAAGCAACAGGGAGCCAUUUAUUCCUAAAGAAGCCAUGUUACUCCACGAGAGUCAAUGCUGCCGACAUUGAGAAUCGAAUGAAAGAAUUAAACAAGAAGUCGGAGCAAGAUGAGGCGGCCAAAGCAGGAUUCUGGGAAGAGUUUGACGCUCUACAGAAACAGGAAAACAAGGUGCACAAUGACCGUAAAGAGGGACAGAGGCCGGAGAAUAAGAGCAAGAACCGCUACAAGAAUAUUCUGCCCUAUGAUCACACAAGAGUUAUACUGAAAUGUGGAGACAAUAACACUCCUGGCUCCGACUAUAUCAAUGCCAACUAUGUCAACAACCUGCUAUGGGCAGAAGGUGAACCCCCAAAACGUUUCAUUGCUUGCCAAGGUUGCCUGAACUCCACCACAGGGGACUUCUGGGAGAUGGUCUGGCAGGAGAACAGCCGCGUGAUUGUAAUGACCACGAAAGAGAUCGAGAAAGGCCGGACAAAAUGUGUUCCGUACUGGCCAGACGUGGGGACCAAUAUGAAGGAGUUUGGACGGUUUUUGGUACAGCUCAUGAGCGAACGUGACACCAAGGAGUAUAAAGUCCGACUUCUCCGCGUCUCAUUAACAGAAAGUACUGAAAAGAGUCGCGAUAUCCAUCACUAUCAGUACCUGACCUGGCCAGAUCAUGGGGUGCCGGCAGACCCUGGCGGUGUCCUGAGUUUCCUGGAAGAGGUUAAUAGCAUGCAGGAGAGCAUGCCAAGGGCCGGAGCCAUUGUAGUGCACUGCAGUGCUGGGAUUGGCCGCACAGGAACCAUUAUCGCCAUUGACAUGUUGUUGGACUUGAUUCAAAUGAAAGGGGUGGACAGCGAUAUCGACGUGCAGAAGACCAUCCAGAUGGUGCGAAACCAGCGCUCAGGCAUGGUGCAGACUGAAGCUCAAUACAAGUUCAUUUACUCCGCCAUAGCACAAUUCAUUGACUCUACCAAACACAAGUUGAAAGCAAUGGAGAACAGAAAUGCGACAGAAUCUGAAUAUGGGAAUCUGGGGGCCUCCCUAACAAAACCGAAAGUGACAAGAAGUUCCUCGAAGAACCAGCCCGAGGGAACAGUCUAUGAGAACCUCAAUGCCGGAAAGCAAAAAGAAGAAGUGGUAAAGAAGAAAUCAUCCGAAAAGCAGAGAUCAUCGGUGAAAAAGAAGUGACCGGACUGUACGCUCCCGACUGGAUGCCGACCUGCAGUAUUGCGUCAGCUCGUAUCACAUGAAAGGCUGGGAUUCUCUUACCGCCGAAAAGCAAUCACUCCAAUUCGCUCUUAUUGAUGUGUGUGUAUAACAAGCGCAAAGCGUUGGUACCGGGAUCCAGACUGACGAUACAGCACCCAUUGGCCUCCCAUGUGAAUUUGUUUUUUCUACAAGUGUCUCCUAAGCUCAGUGUCACUAUGUUUACUUGAAAGUGCCAAACAUGCAGCCAGUGGUAAUGUAAUAAAGUAUAUUACACACUCA